AUGACAACUCCCUUGAGCGAGGAUCUCUUGGGCCUGCUCUCCUCGAGACGGGGGAAGCAACGCCUCCGAGCGCUGCAGACUCAGAGCGGCGCCCACGCCGAGCUGGACUUUCAAUGGCGAGCAUUGCACCUUUGUGGCACACGCCACGCUAUCCUGAAUGCCCUGGCCCUCUUGGAGCUCAUGGAAGGCUUCACCGUGAAGUUGCCCUCGGCGCUGUGGACGGAACUCCUUCGAUGCAGGAACCUGGGGGUUGAUGAAGCUCCGAUGUCACUGGCGCGGAUCCAGGAAAUUCUUGGCCGUCGUGUGCACGUGGAACGCGAGACCUUUGCACUCCGUGUCUUCGCCCCCCUGGCCGAAAGGGCAGCGACUGCUGAGACUGUGCAGACGCUGGCAUCUCUGUGCACCAAGCAAACGAUUGAACUGCCGGCUGACUGCGAUUGGAAUAUCAUCAAGGAGCUGCAGACAUCGGAGAAAGUCACGAUGAAGGUGGAAGGGAACCGGGUGGAGUUGAUUGGCAUUGUGGCGGCCGUGGAGCAGGCGACAAAGGACCUGAAGAAACGACUUGACUGCGUUGCCGCGGAGACUACGGAAGAGGCAAAGCCGAUACUGCUGGGAGCUGCGCUGAACAAGCCAAAGGCCGAUGCCACGCAGUGGUGUGGGAGAGAUGAGACACCACAGAUGGUGUCGCUGGUGAGGCCACCCCCGGGUUUGACGCACUCAGAG